UGAGUUCGUGAGUUGUUGUGGGCGGGGUUUGUGUGAGCGGCUGCGAGCCGCCUCAGAUCCGCUGUGGGUGUAGAUGGGUGUGAGACUCCAACACCACGCAAACCGCUCAAAAUAAACCCGGUGGAGACGUUAAGGCACAUAUACGGCUGCCUCUCCGCCGGGAGAGGAGGAGCAGCGGGAGGUUUCGCUUCCUGGAGAGCUUCUCUGAGCGGCGGAAUCGAGCCGGGCCAUGGCGCGGGACUAUGAUUACCUCUUCAAGCUGCUCAUCAUCGGCGACAGCGGUGUUGGCAAAAGCAGUUUACUGCUGAGAUUUGCUGAUAACACAUUUUCAGGAAGCUACAUCACUACGAUCGGUGUGGACUUCAAGAUCCGCACGGUGGAGAUCAACGGGGAGAAGGUGAAGCUGCAGAUCUGGGACACAGCGGGACAGGAGAGAUUCAGGACCAUCACCUCCACGUACUAUAGAGGCACUCACGGCGUUAUCGUGGUGUAUGACGUCUCCAGCGCCGAGUCGUUCGUCAACGUCAAACGCUGGCUUCAUGAAAUCAAUCAGAACUGUGACGACGUCUGUCGCAUAUUAGUGGGUAAUAAGAACGACGAUCCCGCCUCUAAAGUGGUGGAGACCAAUGACGCGCAGAAGUUUGCUGAACAGAUGGGCAUCCGACUGUUUGAGACCAGCGCCAAAGAGAACAUCAACGUGGAGGACAUGUUCAACUGCAUCACUGAGCUCGUCCUGAAGACACGCAAAGAGUGUGUGGCCAAACAACAGCAGCAGAGCGAAGUCGUCAAACUGAGCAAGAGCAGCAAACGCAAGAAGAAGUGCUGCUAGUGGACACACACACACACACACACACUCGAGCGAACUGACACGAGCCAGACAGCUUCACACACCUAACCCAACCCAUGAGAGACUAGAACUGAUAGAGAUUUACUAAUGAUGAGCUCGUUUGGACUUCAGGAGGACGUCUACAGACUCGAGGCCAAAUGUGCGCGACUGCAGCGAUCCGGAGCAGAUGUGAGCUGGAGAACAUCAGGAGUUAUGUGUUUUUAUCACAUCUUCACGGACGGACCGAGCCUGCGCUGCUCUGCCAACAACCAAGAGACCCUCGUCUUGCCUUUUCGCUUUCUCUUUUGUCUUUCAUUUUUGUAAAACUGUAUUUUUGUACUAACAGAUGAUACAAUCAGACACACACGCGUUCAGUGAAUCUGGUGCCAUUGACUGAGAGUCGGUGUAUUUACAGAGCUGGGAGGAAACGCUCGGUCUCACGAAAAAGUGUGGAUUUACGGGAGUAAUUAAUGCAGGAAUUACACACUCGGAUCAUCAGAGAUCAGGAUGAGUUUGUUUCUGCGUCAGAUCUGGAGAAAUGUAGCACUGCACCAAUGGAAGUGAAUGGGUGCCGUCAGAAUGAGAGUCUGAUAAACAUCACGAUAACCCACAGUGCAUCAGUGAACAUCUGGAGAAGACAAAACCUGAUGAAAAAAGAUGAUUUUAGACAGUCUAUAAUCCAUGAUAACACUUCCUCCAGUGAAAAAGUGUUCUGGUCUGAAUCAGGAGAGAAAUCUGCACAGAUCAAGCGUGUGUUGAUUGUGAUGUGCUGACGGCACCCAUUCACUUCCAUUGGUGCAAUGCCACAUUUCUCCGAAAUCUGAUGACGAAACAAACUCAUCCUGGUCUCAGAUGAACUGAGCACAUUUUCAGCACAUUUUAUUUUUGUGUGUACUGUUCCUUUAAAUGGAGUAAUUCACGCAGAAAUGCACAUUCGGUCUUCAUUCACUCGCCCUCGUAUCGUGUCUGUGGACCACAAGCGGAAAAGUAAAAGUGCUGAGUUAUGCGUUCUCUGAGAAGAGCAGCUUGAACAUUUUUCUAAACGUCUCCUUUCGUGUUUCACAUGAGAAAGUCAGUCAAACCGGUUUGAGAUGACGUGAAGGUGAGUAAGUGACGACAGACUGAUCAUUUCACUGAAUGGUUCUCAAGUCGGAGCCUGAUCUGUCCUUGUUCUCCGAGCUGAGAGAGAGAGACGACUCGUGUGACUGUAACCUGUUGUCUUUGACUCUUCUGAACACAGUCUAGUUUACUUCCAGGAAUAUCAAGAGACUGAAAACUGAAGACAUCACUCUCCGUCUCGUGGGAGCCAGUGAUUUGAGAUGUUGACAUGUCAUCUUCUGUUUGUAUGUGUAAUGAUCUGGUGUACACUGGAAAAGAGGAACUAUUACUCCUAUUCAUUGUCCCAACACGAGUCUAACGAUAAUAAAGGUUUUAAGAGAACACAAUA